AUCGCGUCAGGAUUUAGCGCAAGCUAUAAAUGCUCUUGGGCAAUAGUUUUUAUAGCAUACGUUCCCAUCGGUUACCAUCCUUCACUCUUUUCGCCCGUUCAAAAUGUUUCGCUCAACGUUGGCUUGUCUUCUACUCGGAUUCUACUACAUCACAUUUUCCCAACAAGUUGGACAUGAAGCAAGAGGUGUUGGUUUUUGGGACAACAAAACUUGCAAUGGCUCAAAUGGCGAUGAGGGAAUUUGCAUGUCGAACCUCCAAUGUGGUAUGGUAAAAGGAAAACGUGUCGGAAAUUGUGGAUUAUUUGGAGCUUGCUGUCAGGUGCAAAGGUCUUGCAAUCAAGAAACGGACCAGAAAGUCACUUUCUUCAACAGCCCCUCUACUUUCACAGAGUCGGACUGUAAUUUGAAAAUAAAAUUGCAAAACAGGAGGAUCGGUCAAAUCCGAGUCGAUUUUCUGAAGAUGAUCCUAAGGCAACCGAGCAAUAAGACUUCGUCGUUUACUUGCAUCGACGACACAUUCACAGUUACACCUAGCGUUGGUUUACCAGCUUUAUGCGGAGUCAAUGAUGGCCAACAUAUUUACAUCAAUGUCAAUGCAAGCAAGCCAGGCUAUAACUCGGCUGAGCUCAAAUUUCACAUCGCCAAAAGAAGCAACAACUCCGAGCAAGCGUCGUGGUCCUUGAAGAUCACGCAGUUGGAGGUUCCGCCAAGGAAUGUGCAGAGCCCUGCUUUCGACGCCGACUGGGACAUCAACAGCAUUUUCAGCGAUUUCAGUCUCAAUCCCACCGGAGGAAUCACCACGAAGCGUGGCCAAAACAAGCAAAGACUCCGGUUCAUUUUGAGGGUAUCAGAUUAUGAUAAAGUCGCACCUCCCGGUUGCUUGCAAUACUAUACGGCGAAGAGCGGAAUGUACAAAAGCUUCAAUUUGAACAACAACAAUGGACCCCACCUGGCUAACCUGAACUACGCAAUUUGCUUCAAAAAAGUUGACGGAGUGUGCGCAAUAAAACAUACGCCUGUUUUCUUUCAAUUGUCUGGCAACAGCAAUAAUAUGAGGGCGACAGACAGAGACUGCGACACUCAGAAUGCGAACAACCCUCUCACAGAAGAUUAUUUGUUCGUUCCGGACGGAAUAACCAGUGAAAAUGUCAAGGCCUGUAAAUUCUGUUACAAUGCUCUUGGCUCCAACAAUUCCGUUACAGCACGGAGUCGUGGGCCUCAAUUUGUGACUUUCAUGUCUGAUGAUAAAAUUGGAGAUGACGAGACACUCAAAGAGCUUGGCUUUUCCAUGAAUUAUGAGUUCAUAGACGAUUCUUGCUAGGCAUUGGAAAUGCUGGAAUUACUGAUGCAACCAGGGACUUCAAUCCAUUAAGAUGUCUUGGAAACAUUCCUCCCUGUCAUCUUUCAGAAUGGUUAAGAAUUUCUGUAGAUGUCCUCUGAACCGUCCUGAAGACUUACUUUGAUACGUCCAGGAGGGUCAUAAUGCAACUCACUACCAUUAUGUAGUUAAAUGGAUCUUGUUUUAAGGUAUCUUACAUUUAUUUGCGACAUGAUGUGAAUUAAAAAAUAGUCUAUGAAUAACAUAUAUUCAGUUCUACAAUUUCUGAAAUUACUUGCUUAUGAACUGAAGCUAGAAAAGGGCUGAGGUCACAUUUUAGAAAGAACUGAUUAUGAGUCAUAAGUGAUUUUGAGCACAACUGAGAACUUUCUUCCUCCUGCUGACAAUUAUUACUUACAGCUCAUGAAAAAGAUCACAUAAUGGAUACACACUAGGGCCUAAAAAUCUCAUUUUUUCCCUCUAUGCCAUAUGGAAAAAAAUCUUCGACCUACUUUUUUCAGUUAUAAUAACUAGGUAUCUCCUUUUCCCGUCUUAAUUAUAAGCGUGACUCAGUGCCCUCUACGUACUUAUUAAACACACUUCAUCAAUGUGAAAAGUGCAUAAAAGAGAAAAUUGCAUUAAUGCCACUUAGAGGACUCAAAAAAAAAAUCAUUGAUGAAAGAUAGUCUGUAAAAUUAUGUCUUAAUUAAGCAAGUUAAAUGGAAUAAUCGCUGAAAAUUACCCAUGUACUUUAGGUAUUUGUACAAAAAUGACUAAAAACAUCUUCUCUCAGUAUGUAUAGAAAAAUACCCAUUGCCAAACGCUGAGGGGCAUAAUGUAUUUUUCAAAUCAAUUUAAACAUCUUGCAGUGAA